GUAAGGCCGUUUUCGUCUCAUUGGCUCUUCUGCCAGGAAGAGGGACUCGCCGUUGGCGUUUCGGCCUCCUGUUCAUUGAGAAAAAAGAGGAAAUACUCCGCGUGCGCUUUUAGAAGGGGGGGUCGCCUCUAGCCUCUCUAACACCAGUGUUCAUCGGCGGGGGACUUGACUCCGGAUUUUAUUUUACCUUUUUCCACCGAUUGGUCGAAAGUUGGACUGAAGCAGAGUUUGGAAAGAAGGGGAAAAGUUUGCGUCGAGGUUGGAUUUAUUUGCACAUUGCAGAAAGAAGAGCGUCCAAGGGAGAGGAGUUGUUGCAAAGCAGCGAUCACGGAAUUCAGAUGUGUUCUAAGCCUACUGGAGUGACCACACUUCCAAGACCUGAUGGAGGCCAGAGCUCAGAGUGGCAGCAGGUCACAGCCCUUGCUGCAGGCACCCCGUGACAGUGGCAGGCAGCCCGGGGAGCCCGACCCCAGAGAUGCCCUCAUGCAGCAGGUGCAUGUGUUGUCUCUGGAUCAGAUCCGAGCCAUCCGAAACACCAAUGAGUAUACGGAGGGACCUACUGUGGUCCCGAGACCUGGGCUCAAGCCUGCUCCUCGUCCUUCGACUCAGCACAAGCACGAGCGACUCCAUGGUCUCCCGGAGCACCGCCAGCCUCCUCGUCUUCAGCACACACAGGUCCACUCUUCUGCAAGAGCCUCUCUGACCAGGUCCAUCAGCACGGUCAGCUCAGGGUCACGGAGCAGUACGAGGACAAGUACCAGUAGCAAUUCCUCUGAACAGAGACUGUUAGGAUCAUCUUUUUCCUCGGGGCCCGUUGCUGAUGGAAUAAUCCGAGUGCAACCUAAAUCUGAGCUCAAGCCAGGUGAGCUUAAGCCACUGAGCAAGGAAGAUUUGGGCUUGCACACCUACAGGUGUGAGGACUGUGGCAAGUGCAAGUGUAAGGAAUGCACCUACCCGAGGCCUCUGCCAUCAGACUGGAUCUGUGACAAGCAGUGCCUUUGCUCAGCCCAGAAUGUGAUAGACUAUGGGACUUGUGUAUGCUGUGUGAAAGGUCUCUUCUAUCACUGUUCUAAUGAUGACGAGGACAACUGUGCUGACAACCCAUGCUCUUGCAGCCAGUCUCACUGUUGUACACGGUGGUCAGCCAUGGGCGUCAUGUCCCUCUUUUUGCCUUGCUUAUGGUGUUACCUUCCAGCCAAGGGUUGCCUUAAAUUGUGCCAGGGGUGUUAUGACCGUGUUAACAGGCCUGGAUGCCGUUGUAAAAACUCAAACACAGUUUGCUGCAAAGUUCCCACUGUCCCACCCAGGAACUUUGAAAAACCAACAUAGCAUCAUUAAUCAGGAAUAUUACAGUAAUAAGAUUUUGUUUUGUUUUGUUUUGUUUUUUAACACACAUAUGCAACCAACUAAAACAGUUAUAAUCUUGGCACUGUUAAUAGAGGGUUGGGGUAUUCUUUGCUGUUUGCAGUGAAAUGCUUUUUAUGUGUGUGUGUCCAUGUGCCAUUUUAACUGAUAUGCUUGUUAGAAAUCAGCUAAUGGAGCUCAAAAUAUAGGAUACAGAACUUGGUGAUCCACAUAUUGCAUAAGCUAAAGCAACACAGACACUCCUAGGUAAAUUUUUUGUGAAUAAUACUUAGAAAAUUUGUAAAUUAGCAAAAUGACUUUUUUCCAUUGUUUUCUCCAGAGAUAAUGUGCUAUAUUUUUGUAUAUACAAUAAUAUUUGCAACUGUGAAAAACAAGUUGUGUCAUACUACAUGGCACAGUCACAAAAUAUUAUACUAAUAUGUUGUACAUUCGGAAGAAUGUGAUUCAAUCAGUAUGGUUUUAGAUUGUAUUUUGCCUUACAGAAGCCUUUAUUGUGACUCUGAUUUCCCUUUGGACUUCAUGUAUAUUGUACAGUUACGGUAAAAUUCAACCUUUAUUUUCUAAUUUUUUCAACAUAUUGUUUAGUGUAAAGAAUAUUUAUUUGAAGUUUUAUUAUUUUAUAAAAAAAAGAAUAUUUAUUUUAAAAGGCAUCUUACAAAUUUUGCCCCUUUUAUGA